AUGGCUGGUGGGAGACCAGUCACUAGCGUUAACCCCCGACGGGGUACAUGUCGCACCUCGGAGGGUUACUCUCAGACCUUCCCCGGCUACAGGGGGCACUGGCCGGGGACGACGCACACUUCCCCCAUACUCGUGGGAUUCUUUAUGGAGACUUUUAAUAAAAACCCAAAAGACGUUGAGAAGGAGGAUGUAAGAGGAAGGAGGACGACUAGGUCCAGUUCUGGGCUGAGUGUUGAAGGAGACUUGGUGGCGAGGUCGCCUCGAGUGGUGCUCGAGCGCAUCUCCUUGCCACUACAGCAGGAGGUGAUGGAGGUCGCGGAGCAGACAUACUCGUCGUGCCGCUCCCGCGACAACUCCUCUGGUCGGUCUGACCGGAAGCGUCCCAGGCGGGACGUUUCGGACGACAGGUUGUCCGUGGGGGCCGCUUCGGACUGUGGAAGCGAGGUGUCCUUUGCCUCGUCAACACGGUCCCGCGGUUGCGUCACCCACGGACGGUACGUCGGCCUGCAUAGGCAGCGGGAGGAAUACCGGAGGCUGGCCGCUGAAUCGACGCAGCCGGAAGAUACGCUCGCCUCAAAGGAGCGAGAGGAGAAGGAGCAGAGGGAUGCGAGGGCGGCCGUCCGGGACAUGAUAAGUUCCGGUCUGAAGCCGCUCGACCCUGCCUCCGCCAAGGAGCAAAUAGACGGCGGCCUGACUGCGGUCUUGGAGGUUGCGCGCGGCUCCAAAAACAUUAAGGGGACCUUCAUAAAGAAGCUCAAAGAUGCGGUGGAGGUAAUUCAGGGCGGUGUCCGCGCCCUAACGAGCGAUGAUAGGCUCGAGCGAUUGCUUGCUGAGAACGCGCGACUCAGCAAGGCUCUGGAGGAGAUGCAGGGCAAAAUCCAGUCCGUGGAGAGGCGGACUGCCCCAGCAUCCCUAGACGAGGAGAUGCUGCAGCGCGUCAUGUUGUCCGUCGGGACAAUGGUGGACGCGAAACUGGCAGGGGUCACGAGUCGACUCCCGCCAGAGCCGAUCAUGCGUCCGCCACUUGCGGCGGAUAGAAGACGCGCAGAGGCGGAGGCGGCAAGCCGUGGGCCCAAGCCUGGGUAUAACCAGGUCCUCAAGGCGGCCCCGGCCUCGAAGCAGGCACCGAAACCGGCGCCAAGACUGGCACCGAAGCCGACGUCGACCCCGAAGCCGGAUCCAAAACCGGCCAAGGGGAAGGCGAAGAAGAACGUCGCACAGCCAGCGCCAACCUCGGCACCAGCGCGACAAGAGGUGCCGCCUCUGGCACCGGCGCCACAAGAGGCGCCGGUAGUGGGCACGUCGGAGACUGUGGACGAUGGUUGGACCACAGUCUCCAACAAGAAGAAGAAGGCGCCUAAGACCAAGGCGCCGGAGAAGUCGGCGGCGAAGCCGGCCAAGAAAACCCCUCCCACCCAGAAGCAGGAGGGGCGAAAGCCGUCGAAGGGGCCGAAGAAGGAGUCGGGGAGGACGCGGCGGAGAAGGAUGCAACGACAGAGGCGUCUUGCCCGCACCGCUGCUGUCGUCCUUACCAUAAGUGAGGAAGGGGCACAGAAGGCCCUCACUUAUGAGACGGUCCUACGGGAGGCGCGCGAGACCAUCGACCUAAAAAAGAUGGGGGUCGACAUGGAGGUCGACCCAAUCCGCAUACGCAGGACGCAGACCGGGGCUCGGGUUCUCGAGCUUCCGCAGAAUGUUGGUCGGGAGGCGGCUGACGGCAUGGCAGAGGAACUGCGUGCCAGGUACGGCGGUGACGUCAGAGUCACUAGGCCUGUCAGGUGCGCGGAGCUCCGAGUGUCGAACCUGGACGACUCCGUCACCCAACAGGAGAUCCUCGACGUCGCCGCGCGUCAGUCGCAGUGCGCUCCUGACCAGCUCAAGGUGGGAGACUUGAGGCCCAGCUACGGUGGCAAAUUCAGCGCGGUGCUGAAGUGCCCACUGGAGGCGGCAUCAAAAUUAGUUACCACCAAGACACAAAAGUUCUUGGUGGGAUGGAGCUCGGCGCGGGUCGUGCAGCUUGAAACACGACCCAUGAAGUGCUUCCGCUGCCUUGCACUAGGCCACACAAGGCCAGUGUGCAUGUGCCCCACGGACCGCAGCGGUUUAUGUUACCGCUGCGCGAUGCCGGGGCACAAGGCAGCAGAGUGUAAGGAGCCAGCGAGGUGCGCCAUAUGCGCCGAGCUCGGCCGCAAUGCCGCCCAUCAGAUGGGCAGCCGGGGAUGUGCUCCCCCGGCAUUAAUCAAGAAGAAAAUGGCCGCGUUGGGGAAGGUGCCCAAUGCGGCCACAUCACAGGCGCGCCCCUGUGAGGAGGAACGGAUGGACGAAUAA